AUGGCGGCGGCGGCGGCGGAGGAGGAGGAGGAACCGUGCUGCAUCUCGCACGCCUUCGGCCGCGCCGCGCGCCGGUACCCUGCCCGACUCGCCGUCGUCCACGCGGGCGACGGCGGGCGCCGCUUCGCCUGCGGCGACCUCCUAUCCGCCGUCUCCUCGCUCUCCCGCCGCAUCGCCGCCGCGCUUCCUCGCCCUUCCACCGACCACCGCGGCGUCGACGGAUCCCCAGGCUGCUCGGAUCGACACGGGGGAGGCGCGGGCGCGACGCCUAGGGUGGUGGGGGUGUGCGCCACGCCGUCGGUGGAGUACGUCGCCGCCGUCCUUGCCGUGCUCAGGUGCGGGGAGGCGUUCCUGCCGCUGGACCCAUCCUGGCCGGAGGACAGGGUCCGGUCAGCUGUCUCUGCCUCUAAUGCGGCGCUGGUCGUAUCGGCAGGGGUUUCACACGAAGACGAUGUUCUUAAGGGAAGCUCUUGCCCUGUUCUGCGAUUCAAUGGCGACAUCCGGCAAGGGUCGGACGAUGGAGAGGUUUGGAUUGAUGGAGAUGAGCUUGCUUGGCCGUGCGAGCACGAGAGACCGCGGGAGUUCUGCUAUGUGAUGUUCACGUCCGGUUCUACUGGAAGACCCAAAGGCGUUUGUGGAACUGAGAAAGCAUAUCGUAUAUCAAGGGUGACUAUAGUUCCGUCGCUGAUGGAGAUAAUACUACCUACCCUGGAGAAAAAUAUUUCAUGUGGAUAUAACUCUCUUAAGAUCUUGGUAUUUAGUGGGGAGAUUCUGUCCUUAGUGCUGUGGAAGAGAGUUCGUGAAAUUCUGCCAGAGACUACUAUCAUAAAUUUGUAUGGAACAACAGAGGUUUCUGGUGAUUGUACAUUCUUUGAUUGCAAAGAUCUGCCUGCAAUUUUAGAGCGUGAGGAAAUAACCAGUGUACCGAUUGGAUUUCCUAUUGCAAAUUGUGAAGUUUUUCUUGUGAAGCAUGCUGGGAUUGCAGCUGAAGGUGAAAUUUGUGUCAGUGGAGCAUGUUUAUUCAAUGGUUAUUUAGCUGAGUUUCUGAGGAGUAAUCACACUGAAGGCAGUGAAAGUUCAACAUACUACAAAACGGGUGACUAUGCUCGACGGCUGAAGGCUGGUGAACUUGUUUUCCUUGGGAGAAAGGACCGUUCUGUAAAAAAUUAUGGGCAGCGUUUUUCACUAGAAGAGGUAGAAUCCACCUUAAAGGAACAUCCUGCUGUCAGUGGUGCUGCAGUUACUUUCCAAAGUAAAGGGUCUCCAGAUUAUAAGGCAUACCUGGUGUUUAAGAAUAAGGAUGAAAUUGUGAAAGAUAGUGUGCAGCAUAGAGAAGUAAAUUCUUCUCAAGAUGUCAUGGCAUCAAUUAGAAGUUGGCUCAUCAAGAAGGUUCCACCAGCUAUGAUUCCAAGCUUCUUUCUCCACGUGAAGUCCUUACCUUUGACUUCUUCAGGAAAGGUUGACUAUGUCAAGUUAUCAAGUUUGGAUUGUGCAUUGGAACCAUGUGGAAUUGAGCAAAUUAAGACUGAAAGUGGUCCAAUUAAUCCAUAUUUACAAGUUAUUAAAAAGGCAUUUCGUGACGCCCUGCUUGUUGAUGAAGUUUCUGAGUUUGAUGAUUUUUUCACUUUGGGUGGUAACUCAAUUUCUGCCGCCCAUGCAGCCCACAAGUUGGAGAUUGACAUGAGAUUGCUUUAUAUCUAUCCAACCCCUUCUAAGCUUUUGCAUGCUUCAGUUGUGGAGCAUAGUAAUUUGGUUUCUCCUACUGAUGACCCUCAGCCUAAGAAGGGCCUGAACGUAUCUACAAGCAUACAUGGACUAUUUGACCCGUUUGCUGCAAAUGCGGAUGAUAGUUAUCAUGGAGGCAAAGCACGGAUAAAUGGAAAGCGUGCACAUUAUCAAAUUGCAGGGAGUUAUGGAGAUGAAACAGAUGGCCAGCUUAACAAAUAUCCAUUCUCUCCUGAUGAUAGAUACCAGGUAAACGACUUCUACUUGGAUACAUGCUUGAAGGACAGAAACAGUGUUAUGGGGAGUCAGUGGAUCUUGAACUUCUGUUUACACAAGAAGUGGUCUAUUGGGCGUUGCAACAGAUUUAUGCAUGACGAUGAAGGGAAGCUGCAACUUGAAGAUGUUUGCUCAUAUGUUUCAUACAACAAAAGAGGUUAUCUUCAGGAACUUUGGAACAUUCCUUUGGAUUCAUGUGUUGAUGCCUCACCUUUGCUUGUCCUGAACAAUGGGAUGAUAAACAUAUUUAUUGGGUCCCAUUCACAUUUAUUUCUCUGCAUUGAUGGUUGCAAUGGUUCAGUGAGGUGGAGUGUCAAAUUGGAAGGACGUGUGGAGUGUUCUGCUGCUAUUACUGGUGAUUUUUCAGAGGUUGUGGUCGGAUGUUAUAAAGGGAAAAUUUACUUUCAUGAUAUGUUGACUGGUAAACUAUCUUGGACAGUUCAAACAGAUGGAGAGGUAAAAAUGCAACCAGUUGUUGACAGGACAAGGAAUUUAAUAUGGUGUGGCUCUUAUGAUCAUUAUUUAUAUGCACUAAAUUACAAAGAUCGUUGCUGCGCUUACAAAGUAUCUUGUGGUGGAAGCAUCUAUGGUUCUCCUGCUGUGGACAUGGCACACGACAGGAUCUAUGUUGCUUGUACGAGUGGCCUUGUAACUGCAAUAUCCCUUGAGGUUCCAUCAUUCAGAAUAGUUUGGCAAUAUGAAGCCAGGGCAGCAAUUUUCAGUUCUCUUGCCAUCGAUCAUCAAAGUGGAAAUGUUGUUUGUUGCUUGGUGAACGGUCUGGUGAUCGCAUUGAACUCACAUGGCACUGUUGUCUGGAAGGCAACUGUUGGUGGUCCUAUUUUUGCUAGUGCAUGUGUGUCAUCUGCCCUUCCUUCUCAGGUCCUGAUACCUUCCCGUGAUGGAAGCUUAUACUCCUUUGAUAUUACAUCUGGUGAUCUUCUUUGGUCAUAUGACGUCGGCGACCCAAUUACUGCAUCUGCUUUUGUUGAUGAAGUGUUAGCAUCAACACCAUCUGGAGCAUCAGAGAGAUUUGCUUGUAUCUGCACAAGUUCUGGGAAGGUCCGUGUCCUUGGGAUUAGAGCUGAUGCUGAGCAGGAGAAAGAUGGUUACUCUGUGCAAGAGUUUGCAGCCAUGGAUCUUCCUGGGGACAUAUUCUCGUCACCCUUGAUGGUGGGUGGGCGCAUCUUUGUUGGCUGCAGAGAUGAUCGGCUACAUUGUCUCUCAAUCACUUCACAUCCAUAA